UCCAGAGCGCUGCACGCGUCGACUCCGGCUUUCGGUACAACCCAGACGGAGACGAGCCAUGGCCAUGCUGCCAACACCACAAUCGACAAGAUUUUCGGUGGUUUGGAGGGAGCAGAACCAACACCGCACAAGUAGCAGCUGCAGAUCCGGUUUUCGGGGGAUUCGUAACGGCGCAACCUUAAAGGCGGGUUCGACUGAUUUCGAAGAGUUCGGUGCGAUAGCUACCAUUUCGACUGUAGGGGGUUCCGGGACAACGCCCGCCACUUGGCUCCCGCUUUUGAUGGAAUCGGAGGAUUCGGAAAGGACAAUCAGAAGCAGUUCGCUUCCGUUCCGGUUCGAGCAUACUAAUAAUUUUACCAACACCGGUUUUGAAGAAUUUAGUAGCUCCUUCGGAGCGGGAACUUUCCCGUAGCCACAACCGACUCUAA